UUCUCGCAUCUUUCUACAACUUGAUUCAUACAGCAAACACCCAGAUCACAGGAUGUUUGGACAAGUACAAAACCCUCAGGUACUCGACAUGGGACAAUCAAAUCAAUCAACGAGUUCUUUGCUGAAUUUUGUGGAUGUCGCAUCUUGUAAUAUUAAAAUGGCACUAGAUAGACCUUCCAAAUCAAAGAGGAAAGUUAAUCACCGGAAGUACCUCCAGAAACAGUUGAAGGGUUGCGGAAAUGUUCAACAAGAGGAUAAUUCUCGAAGAGCACCGCCUGGAACUCAACAAAUCAGAUUCGUUAAAAAGGAAACCACGCAAUCUGGACGUCAAAUGAAAUCCCUUCAAGCUUUAUUUGACCCAAGGACUCUACACGCAAAAUGUUGCGCCGAUCCCUAUACCAACACUCGUGGAUCUAAAGUACCCUUGCGAAAGCGAGAUUUACCGGCAUCAUUCUUCUUGGAACCAUCAACACUUGAAAAUAGGGACAACCUGAUGGAAUCUUUAAUGUCAGUUGAUGAUGAAUUACUGAAUUCCCUUAAUCGUGUUCCGGAUCUAGACACACUUUCCUCGGAUACAUUGGACUCAAUUCUCGGUAAAAAUGAUUUGGAUGACUUUUUAAAUGUCGGGCAGUGGAGUGAUUCUAGUAGGGACAGUUCCGAAAGUAACCCUCGCUCUCCAAAUCCAGAAUAUGGUGUCUGGAAUGAUAUCGUCCAUCAUCCCGUGUACACUCCAGAACAAUGGUCGCCCACUAAUUCUGUACAAAUGGCGUUCCCUGAGAAUGUUGGUCAACAUACAUAUCACCCAACACAGUCACUUUUAGUUGAGGAUUCAAAACCAACAGAAAAGUUAAGCAUCAUAGAAUCAUAUCGGGAACCCUCCAAAUUACCUACAUUUCCACAGGCCUUCUUGGGAAGAACAGAUUGCAUGAACCCGAACUCAGGACAGUGGAGCGAAACUUCUAUUCAACAAUAUUACACAUACCUGUGA